AUGUUUUUAGUCUUGCCAAAUUGUCUCCCCAUUUACAUAUUUACAUCCUCUGCCAGAUUACGAGUUCGUUAUUAUCUGUAGCACUAUAUGUACAUAUACAUAAGUAUCUCCAGUAGAUCUACUGUUGCGUUUUUUAACAUCCUUCGUGCAAGUUGGGUUAGGUUGUGCAUAUUGUGUAUACAUAUUUAUUAUGUCGAUCUUUCAGACAAAACCACAAAAAAACUAAACCUUCAGAAAAACAAGAGAGAAGUACAUAUUUAUCUCUAUAUAUUAAUAUACAAAUAAAAUGAUUAGAUCUGCUCACUCAUCAGUAGCAUUUAAGCAAUCCUUCACUCCAGACAGAUUCAGAUCCUCAAUUACCUAAUAAAAUAACGGGUCAAUGGAAGGAAACCAAUCUCCAAAAAAAUUACGCGAUAAUUUUCACAACGCCGAGUUGGUAUUAAAACUAGCAAAAUUUGGCGACUUGAUCGAAAUUCAGGACAAAUUGAGACGACCACACAACAACAAUUGGGUUUUAUUUGUGCGAGAUGAGUUUGUCCUGCACUUAAUUGAAGAAGAUUUUUCAGACAAAGUAAAAUUUUCCGUGGAUAAAUUCACCGAUAUUUUCAGCUUUUCGGAAUCUCCAUGUCGGGUCAACAACUUGGGAAAACUCGCCACUGUAAACAACGCCAAGUUAAGAAACAUGAGUGAUGAAAUGAUCCAUGAUUUAACGCAGGUUGAAAAAUUUGACCUGCGAUAUCCAAAACAUCCCAGCCAACGACGCCAAAUGCUGAUGAGUGUCGUCAAGUAUGACAAACCGCUGUGGUCAUCCGUCGAUGAGGAGGAUGCAGAACGACGCCAAAGUGUCGAAGACUACUUUUGUGACCUCAAUCCCUGGGGUUAUCAGCAUUACGAGGAAGUCAUAAAAAUUGCUAUGCCCGGUGACCUCAUCGAGAUCAAGAGAAGCUCAGGUUUCUACAGACAUUGGACGGUUUACGUGGGUGACGGGGAUUGCAUACAUGUCGGGGAGAGGACGAUUUGGAAUUAUAAAAUCGUGAGGGAAAGUUUGGCACAAAUUUGCUCCUCGCAAAAAUUUCAGAGUACUUGUCGCAUAAAUAAUUUACAAGAGUGGGCUGAGCGCAAAGGGGUCAAGGCAAGAGAAGGGUGUGACGUGGUUGCAAUCGCGGAAUCAUUUUUGGGACAAAUGUUUGAUUUCGAAAUUUACAAAAAUAACUGCGAGCAUUUUGCAACAUUGUGUAGAUUUGGGGAUCCAGUUAGUCGACAGGUUGAUCGAAAAACUGAGCUGUUCGAUGUUAUUGUAUUUGAUCUCAUAGAACUCCAUAACGCAAAACCUGCAAUUACUAAGACUGAAAUCGUACAAUUUUCCGAGGAACCAGUGGACAAACGCAGGAGACUUAAUUAAAACUAUCUCAAUAAUAGUAUUCUUUCUCACUAAAAUUCUGGUAUUUCAACCAAUUCUGAUAUUAAAAUAUUUCAACAUGACCGUAAAAAUUACUAAUAAAAUUACUUUUGGAGCCGCUAAGAAAUUGUUAAACAAAUUGUCACUAUGUUUUUUUAAAUGGUAAAUUUAUACCGGUAUCAAAUGACAUUUUGUUCAAAAUAUAAUGUUUUCUAUCACAGCAACUUAAAAACCCCAAUGUUCAUUUAGACAAGUCAGGUCAUUUUCCGGUUUAUUUUUAUCAGAGAUACUUCUUUGCGGUCCUUAAUUAGUUGAUACCACAUUUACUUUACAUGUAUUUGUGAAAUGUUUGGAAACUAGACAAUUUCUUGUUGAAAUACACAAUAGUAAAAGUUUAGACCUGUAAAGAUAUGUAAAGGAGGCGAAAUUCCACUUAUACAUGCAUACCUACAUACAUACGUAUGCAUAGACCGUAAUAAAAGUAGGCAGUGAUUAUUACGUCUUGUUUUGUUAAAUGAUAAUUUAUUUGAUAUACUUGCAAAUCAAUAUGACUCAUACUCAUUACUUAUCUAUCGUAAAUUUCUGCUAAUGAUUACACUUCAGUGACCUUUGGAUAGGCAUGUAUGUACAUUUACUAAUUAAAAUUUACAAAAUAUGCCUAAUCAACAGUUGUCUCAAAAACAGUGAUAUUAAUCGCGUAACGUAUUUAUAUGCAACCCAGGCAAAAAAUACGUCAUAUUACCAGAUGGGUUUUCCAAUAAAUUUUUUUAGUGUUAACCAAUUACUAAAAAUUGGCAUGUCGAUAGUUACAUUUCUUAUCACUGUUCAGACCUCAUGCUGGGAAUGUUCUCUAAAAGCUUAAACAAUAAAUUUAGUAUGACGAGCA